CGCGGAGGCCGCGGCCGGGCCGGGCUGCGUGAGGGGAGCGCCGGGGGCUCCGCCGGCCCCUUCCCCGUCCCUCGGGCAGCGCUUCGCUGCGAGAGCCCCGGGCAUGGAGACCGCGGGCCUUCCCACCAAGGAGUUGAGGGCAUAGCUUUAACUUGGAGCAGAUGGCGUCGCUGAGCAGCGAGGAUGCAUUUCAGCAUUGCCAGGGGCUCUCCCUGGCCGAUCUGGAGAGCGCGCCCAGCCUGCGCAGCCGCUCCGCCAGCCUCAGCAGCACCGGCUCCAGCGGCCGCCUGCAGCUCCGGCACAGGGUGGCCCAGCUGAUGGCCUGCGUGGAGGACAUCAGCUCGGACGAUGAGAUCCACGAAGAAGUGUCUCGCACUCUGGAUGAAGCUUUCCUCAUCUGGGGGAAAAAGCUGAAGGAUAAGUGGCAAGAAUUCAGAUUGCAUUUAGUUACCUGGAAUGUGGGCACAGCUUCUCCCCCUCCUGAUGUCACAAGUUUACUUCAGCUCAACUCGCUGGGCCCCACCACGGACAUGUAUGUGAUAGGCUUACAGGAGGUGAAUUCAAAAAUCACCAAUUUUCUGUCUGACCUGGCGUUUGAUGAUCCAUGGAGCAUUUUUUUCAUGACUGUCCUGUCUCCCUUGGGAUAUAUCAAGCUCUCCUCAGUUCGCAUGCAGGGGUUGCUGCUUCUGAUCUUUGUGAAGCACGUGCACCUUCCCUUCAUCCGGCACAUCCACACCAACUACACCCGCACAGGCCUCUAUGGCUACUGGGGGAACAAAGGAGGCGUCAGCGUCCGCCUGUCCCUCUUUGGGCACACGAUCUGUUUCGUGAACUGCCACUUGCCAGCUCACAUGGAGAACACAGAGCAGCGACUGGAUGACUUUGAGAAAAUUCUGGAAAUGCAGUUUGAAGGAGAGAAUAUUCCAAGUCCCUUGGAUCAUGAGCUUCUCUUCUGGUUUGGAGACCUAAACUUCCGGAUAGCAGAUUAUGGGAUACACUUUGUCAGAGAAUCUAUCAAUAACAAGCGUUUCAGUCUGCUCUGGGAAAAGGACCAGUUAAAUAUGGCAAAAAAGAAGGAAGCAUUUCUGAGGGAAUUCAAAGAGGGUCCUCUGCAGUUUAAGCCCACCUACAAGUUUGACCUUGACUCAGAGGUCUAUGACACAAGUGAGAAGAAAAGAAAGCCAGCAUGGACUGAUAGAAUUCUAUGGAAAGUGAAAAAUCUCAGCGAGGUUGCAUCAAAAGAAGGCGAAUUCCCUGAAGAAGAGAAUCCAGUUUCUGUUACUCUGAAUAACUAUGUCAGUCACAUGAGCUAUGGCAUCAGUGAUCACAAACCUGUUACAGGAACUUUCAAGCUUGAGAUGAAGCCUCUUGUCUCAGAUCCCUUGGUGGUGCUGAAUCCUGAGGGUGACUGGAGUGCAGAGCACGAUGUUCUCAUCCGCUACUCCGCAGCGCCUGAACUCCCCAGCAGUGCUUGGGACUGGAUUGGGCUCUUCCAGGUGACUUUCAGGCAUGUGAAGGAUUAUAUUACUUAUGCUUGGGUGGAAGAUGAUGAAAUUUCUUUCAGCAGAGACAGCAAACAAGUUUACAUGAGUGCUUCAGAAAUACCCAAGAUGGGAGGAGAAUUUUUGCUUUGUUAUUUUAGCAAUAACUUGCAGUCAAUAGUUGGCAUCAGUGAACCUUUUCAGAUUCAGUGUAGUCAAACACCAAUAGAAAAGGAUGUGCCAGAGGAAGAGAGCAGUUGGCUGUACAAACCUGACAAUCCAGGAUCAGGUGGUGGUUCUGAAAAUAGAAAAGGCAUUUAGUGGUCCUGGUUCAGCAGUCAGAUGAUUCUUUAUGUCUUAGUGAUUGUAAGCUUUUGCUCUUAGAAGAUGGAGUAAGACAGGUAGGAAUGUUCAGAAACUUUGGAAGCUUGUAGAAGAUAAUUUAUUGUGGAAAUGGUUAUUUUUAUUCUGGGGAGAGUAACUCUCUUGCACUGGAUGAGAACUGUAAAAUAGCACUUAAGGAAUGCUGUCUGUUUUAAGGUGAUAGACAUUUCUGAUGCAAUGAUUUAACUUAAGGAGGUUGCAAUGUUUAAUAGGUUUUUAGGCUUGUUCCUUUUUUGUAGAGGAUAUUUUAUUUACGAUGCAAUAUUUACUAUACUGUAACCACUUAAUAAUUGAUUUCCAAAUUUUGAGUUUAAAUGAAGUUAUUUAAAAAUUAUUUAUUAGAUACAGCUAGUUAGCUUGUUUUGAAAUUUUAUUUGACUUUCAGAUGUAAGCUAAUUACCUUUUGGGAAACACCAGUGACAACAGGUCACAUGAAAAACAAAAUCUUUGAAGUGUGUAAAGUCUCCUUUGGUAGAUCCCUCUCGUCAUGCCUUACUGAAGAACUCUUUGUAGGAUUUUCAAUUUUUGAUUCUUCCAAAUUGAAAUACAUUUAUCAAAAUGCACUAUUCCUGAUUUUUGAAAUUCUUAUUUUAUAAAACAAUUAAGCAAUUUGCCUGUUGCCUUUACCUCCCUCAUUAAAAAACAAAAAAUAAACCCAUUUUUGUACCAGUCCCUGGUUUGGAGUGAGCCAGGAUCCCACAACUUCUGAGGGAAGUUGCAGAAGUUGAGAAAUGCUUUAGCAUAGAUGAGCAGCCCAUCGUUGAUGAUUUGGCAUAAACUUUGAAAACUGUAAAUGUCUUCAAUUUAUAGCAGUCAGUCUGCAAACUUUCUGUUUUUCUAGAGGUGCUCAGACCUUUCUGUAUCCUGUGCACUUGAGGGCGGAGAUGGAAUGGAAAUUUCCUGUACCUGAAAGGUAGUUAGCUUCUGAAAGGGUCUUGUUUCUUGAUGGGGAAAUAGAGAUCUUUGGAAAGGGUAGGAAAGGGCACCAACAUUCCACAGAAUCUCAGGCUGCAGUGCUGGGACUGAGCACUUUGAGUUUCCCAUGUUCUGUACCCACAGCUCCCUCCCAGGUGUGGUGAGCAGAGUUAGUCACUCCUCACUGGCACAGGGAUGGAAAAGAGCAGGUUUGCUUCAGGUGGAAGAGCAAGGGGUGUUGGGAUGUUCAUGCUGGAAUUCUGCUUCACAACUGAGUGGAUUCCUUUUUGCUCUUUUUCUCAAAGCCUUAUUUUUUUUCAGGGUUGUUUUGAGAUAGAAAGUUAACAGCUUGAUAGGAUAUUUGUUUUGCUUUUAUCAUUCACUGUACAAAAUCUAUUGAGGUCCAGGUGUCUUUGUGUCCUGUUGGAGCUCUGACAUAGGUUUCUGGUUAGGUAGUUGCAGUGGGCUUUAGGAACACUUGGCCUCUGUAGGUUUUAGAUGUAUCUCAGCUUGAUGCUUGGUGGUGGGAAUACUUGGUGAGCAGUGAGGGCAGGUUCAGAGGAUACUGUGUUCAUUGCAUGGAUUAACACUGCCUUGAGGUUUACAGUUUGUACAUUCCUGUUACACUUUGGAACCAUAUUAGAAACAGUUUGCCCAUUUAUACUGGUCUCCCAAGAAUUUGUUUUGCACUGAAUCUUCCAGAUACGUGACUUCUCUUGGCAAUUAGGGCAUCAGACAAACCCCUGCUUUGAACUGCAGUCCCUUCUGCAGUUCCUGAGUUGUGCUCUGUCUCUGGUUUCACUGGUGUAACUCUUUGACCGUUCUCCAUGCAAGGAGAUUCUGUGGAGAGCCCAAAGAGCAGUGGGCUUUGAAUUCCAGACCACAGCUGGCAAUUUACUGUGGACCAAGAUCCAGUUUCUUCUAAGCAGGGUGCAUCUGCUGGGCAGGAGCAGCUCAGAGGGAGCCAUGCAGCCUCUUUGCAGGGGUGAGACACUCGAGAUCCUUUGUGUUUGUGGGAGCUGAGAACCCUCUGUCACUGGACACAGAAGCUGCAUUUUGUAAACUGAUCCUUUGAACCACGGGACUUCCCGGGAAAUGCCCCCAGCAGCUGGGAUUGGAGCUGCUUGUGUGUAAGGAGGAUGCUGCACAGAACUCUGCACUUCUUUCUUCAGUAUUAUGCACACAGAGGCACUUUUGUUUACUACUGUUACCUAUGGUAGCUUUUCAAACUAUUCCAUGAUCUGUAAUGAUGCAAUUUCUGAUGAAAUUUAUCUUUUCUUAAAACACCUUUAAUUGGAUGUUAUAAUCACUGGAAAUGUUUUUAUACUCAUGUGUUUUUCUUUUCAUGAACCUCUAAAAUAAAUCCUGGCAGUGAAGUGA